CUUUAAAACCAGACAGCCCACGCCUCGAAAAGCGGCUUGUUCCGGCUUGCCCCUUUACAUCUUUUUAUCCUUGCUCUCAACAUUAAAAUAGUGCCCCGCGCCGCUCCUCCGACAAUUACGCACAAGCAUUUUGUUGAACCGUCGGAGGGUGAACGGAACCUCGUCUCGGGGUAGGAGCAUGCAGGAUGCGUGUAUCGGUGCAGCAGCUGUCCGCCUGUGCAGCUCGGCGGUGACUCUGAGGCGCAGUUCAGGCACCAUCACCGGCGGAGCGAUACCACCAUCUCCUCUCAGCCCCGGUUUGUCAAACCAAGAGUGUGUGGUUCACUGUACCUGAGCGAACGUGUCCGUCAUGUACUAUCGAAAAGGGGGGCAGAAGAUCAAAACUGGACCAAGGGACCUGUGUCUUACGCUCUGAAAUGCAGAACCAAAUCACCCUCGCUUCAAGAUUUGUCUGCCUGGGCUGGCUGCUGCGGUUGUUUUGCAACUGAUGAAGAUUUUUUUUAUUAUUAGUAUCAUUUUGAUGCGCUUCUGUGGAUGUCUAUGAACAUGUUUAUUCUGGUGCUCCUGUGUAGUGCGUGAGUCAUCGUCGGCACUGGCGAGCAGGAGCUGUGUUCUGGGCUCAUUGACAUGCAUUCCCCCUGAGCUCAGCGGCGCCUCCCUCGGUGGCGUGGUGGCAGGAUGCCAGUGCAGGCGGCCCAGUGGACAGAGUUCCUGUCCUGUCCCAUCUGCUACAAUGAGUUUGACAGCAGCGGCCACCAGCCCAUCAGCCUGGGCUGCUCCCACACGGUGUGUAAGACCUGCCUACACAAACUGCACCGCAAGGCCUGCCCCUUCGAUCAGACGCCGAUUAGCACUGAUAUCGACCUGCUGCCCGUCAACUGUGCCCUGCUGCAGCUGGUCGGAGCUCAGGUUCCAGAUGUGCAGCCGGUGAGCCUGAACUCUGCAGCAGAAGUUGAGAACUAUGAGGUGUGCAGAGUGUGUGUGGAAGAGCUGGCUCUCUACCUAAAGCCUAUUAGCGGAGCAAAAGGUGUGGCGACUCUGAGUCCGAGCGUGCUCAGCCGGCCCAUGCAGAGGAAGCUGGUGACCCUGGUCAACUGCCAGCUGGUGGAGGAGGAGGGCCGUGUUCGGGCAGUGCGGGCAGGCCGCUCACUGGGGGAACGAACUGUAACCGAGCUCAUCCUGCAGCAUCAGAACCCCCAGCAGCUCUCUGCCAACCUCUGGGCAGCAGUGAGGGCGCGGGGCUGCCAGUUCCUGGGACCUGCUAUGCAAGAAGAUGCUCUGAAGUUAGUUUUACUGGCUCUGGAGGACGGCUCAGCUUUGUCCAGGAAGGUGUUGGUUUUGUUUGUUGUCCAGAAGCUUGAGGCUCGGUUCCCCCAGGCUUCCAAAACCAGCAUAGGCCACGUGGUGCAGCUUCUCUACAGGGCCUCCUGCUUCAAGGUGACUAAGCGUGAUGAAGACUCCUCACUGAUGCAGCUGAAAGAAGAGUUUCGGACGUACGAGGCUCUCCGGAGAGAACACGAUGCUCAGAUCGUCCACAUCGCCAUGGAGGCGGGCCUACGAAUUUCACCUGAACAGUGGUCUUCCCUGCUGUACGGAGACCUCGUGCACAAGUCACAUAUGCAGUCCAUUAUUGACAAGCUGCAGUCUCCCGAGUCGUUUGCAAAGAGCGUUCAGGAGCUGACCAUCGUUCUGCAGAGGACAGGAGACCCUGCCAACCUCACAAGCCUUAGACCACACCUAGAGUUACUUGCCAACAUUGACCACAACCCAGAUGCCCCGGCACCGUCAUGGGAGGAGCUGGAAAGUGUGAUGCUGGCUGUGAAAUUGGUGGUUCAUGGACUGGUGGAGUUCAUACAGAACUUCAGCAAGAAGAGCCACGAUGCCCCGCAGCCUCAGGCCAACAGCAAGUAUAAGACCAGCAUGUGCCGAGACCUCCGUCAGCAGGGAGGCUGUCCCCGAGGAACCAACUGUACAUUUGCACACACACAGGAUGAGCUGGAGAAAUUUCGACUGAGGAACAAGAAGAGCAGCAGCGUGGGGCGUGCGUUUCCAUUAGCACCAGGGGUUAUGGGUAAAACCUUCACUAUGGAAGGUAACAUCCACACAGAUCUGUCUGCAGGAGUGGGGCAGGGGCUCAAAGGCUCAGGGGAGAACACGACCUCCCUGACGGAGGGAGUGCCCGGCCUGGCUCACCCCCAGCUGAUCUCCAGAGGGGCUGACAUGAUGGAGGAAAUGAAGAGAGCGGUGCCAAAUGGAUCCAGUGGGGCUAACGGGUCCAACGGGCUACCAACCAGAAAUUCGUCAGGGUCAACUGAACAGAAGCCCAUCUCACCUCCCAGGACUCCAGUCAGCCACUCUUCAGCGUCGUCUCCCUUGACAACAGUCGGGAGAGGUGAUGGUGGUGCUCCUAUUCCCAAACAUGGUCAGUUCGUACUGCGUGCACCACAUCCUUCUCAGGCGUCAGAGCUGUACUUUCAGGAGCCCCACUCUGCAUAUGACACACCCCAUUAUCAACCAACCUCAGGUUCCUACUACCAAUCUACUCUUCAUCCUUCUCACAAACCCUGCAUGGCUCGCUUCCUUCGAUCCUCCAAUGUCCCAGAAUCCUCUCUACCACCCUCAAUUGGCCCUCCGCCAUCUUCCUACCCCAGUGACCCUCAAGCGCCACACCCACCUUCCUCCUCUUCUUCGGGGUACCCACCACAUGCGCCAAGAGAUCGCAUGGGGCCUCCUGCCUUCCAUCCCCACCAGCCUCAGUAUGGGCCUCUGGCUCCGACUCAUGGUGUCUACGCUCCUCUCUAUGACAGCAGGAGAGUAUGGCGGCCUCAGCUGUACCACAGAGAGGACGCCAGGAGUAACUCACUGCCUCCAGAGGUGCUGCAUUCCUCCGUCUACCAGCCUCCACUCAGGGAGAGAUUCAACUCUCUAGACAGCAACUACUGCUCUGGAGCCGAGCACCGCGCAGGGCUACACAGGGAUUACGGCCGUGUUCCUCUGGGCUAUGAGGAUCUGUUCAGAAGAAAGCAGGAGCAGUGGGCUCACCAUCACCACCAUCACAACGCCAACAGGCCCUCCCAGUCCUCCCCCAUCUUCACCAUCGAUUUUGGAACUGAGCAUGUGGAGAGCAGUGGAGGCCAGUGUGUGGGGUGCAGGUUCAGAGGUGAGGAAAGCUUAGCGCGCUACUCUCCGUGGUCCUGUGGAACCAUCGGCCCCUGCCUCAGUCCCUUUGAGCCCGAAACGCUCGCACACACCUCGGCUCACUCCUGCUCAGAGCACUCGGUGAGACUCCUCAUGCAUCCAAAAGAGUUGGACAGUAACGGAGGUGGAGGCAGUGGCGUUAGCGGUGGUGGUGUUGGGAAGCGAUGGCUGCAUUCAUUAGAUCACUACCGCCGCUUGAAAGAUGAGGACCCGAUCAUUCCCUUUAGUGAGGGGCCCAUUAUCUCCAAGUGGGGAGCCAUAUCCAGGGCGUCUCGAACCGGCUACCACACCACCGAUCCUAUCCAAGCCACGGCCUGCCAAGGCAGCGCCAACACCACCCCCAUCAACUUUAAAGAUUACAACCACCACUUGGAUCACAGCGACUACAGGUGGAGCUCCAGAGGAUCAGACUCUUCCAGCCACUCCAGUUUCCUAGAGAGUGAGCAGCUUUGUGCAUCAGAGAUACACUGCCGUCGCACUUCAAUAAGCAGUGGAGAGAAAAUUGUGUCUGAUCUGCAAGCCCGUCAGUCUGCCUACAGUCGGGAUCGAGGACAGGCCGAGAGCGAACCUGACCCGGAUCGAGAUAUUGAGCUCGAACUGUGCGCUCUUGACAUGGAGGAUUCCGACCACCAGGAGAUCAAGUCUCAGGAGUGUUUAGACCUGGCCACCCCGCAGUCUCAGGAUGCUUCCCACCUCCUCCCCCCACCCUGCUCCUCUCCCCUCCUUGCUUCUCCUGUGGAGGAGCACUCCCAAACAGAGGGUCCUUUGACAGAAAAGAUGGAUACUCACCUGCUGAAAAAAAUGGCCUUCAGGAAGUCUCUGACUCCUGGAGGGUUGGUCUCAGGAGGUCUGGCCGUCGGCAAGCUUGUGCUGCGGACUGGACCUCCUCGACUGGGGGAUGCUUGUCCUGAAACGCCCGGGACAGAGAUGCUGCUCAAUGGGAGCUAAGGGGACACAAAGUCAGACACUGACCUGCGCCGAGCUAGAGCUGAGUCGCUUGCCCACAAUCAGAUACUGGUUAAAGGGAAAACCAUUUAAUCCCAGCCUUCAUAUAUGUCAAUCAUAUGCCUAAAUAAAACUUGACACAUAUGGGUCAACAGUGUAUGCUGCAGCACAUCGUAAGGGGCAAGAGAAAACACGUUGUCCUGCCUCGUAAGUGGUGAUUUUCACCAAUGUACAGCUCCACAGAGAAUUUAGUGAUAUCACUGUUUAUGCCCAAUAAGGCACAUGACCAGUUUGUCCUUACAGUAGAUGCUGAACUUGUGUCCAUGUUUGCAGUUUCUACCGCAGUCACAUUUAGGAGAAAGACUGGGGGUUUCACAGCAUCUUCACUAAAUGGUUGUUCACUUUACACGACAUUGUACUCCUGAGGUUUACACACUGUCUAGUUUGUUGUCAUUCAACAUGGCCGACAAAGACAAACUUUUUAAUGUUGUUUCACAUGCUCCGUCAGACUGCAGAAGCUUAUACAGUUGGUGCCACUUUUCGUGACUCUUUGUCACUUGACUUUUAAAUCUUUUGAUUCUAUCUUUCUCUUUUCCUUCAAUUAUUCUUUUUUUUUGUGUAGCGUGGAUUAACAGCAGGGACUGAGAUCCCAGUAUUUCCUAUUAAAGUUAGUGGUCAUCCCAGUACUGACAUUGGGCACCUGGGAUUGUAACCCAGUGAUGACAGUGUCCAGUAUUGAGUGAGACCACUGUAGGCAGCUAAACAACUGCAGUCUAAUAUUAAUGAUCAAUUGGGCACUUUUAAUUGACGUAAAUUGACGAACACUAAAAGUGCUUCAUUUUGCCACUGACAGGCUCAGAUUGUUAUUCUAAGUGUCUGACAACAUUAUGGAAAGGAUCCCUGCAGAGAUAGCCCUUUUUGUGAGAGAGUAAGACCCUUUUUCUUCAACCAUAAAACAGCCCAGAAAUUAGUUUUGCCAACCUCACCAGACUACAUUUAAACAAACUACUAUUAUCAUUGUAAAGCACACUUCAUUAAUAAAAAUGUGUAUAUCUGUAGAGAUUCUUUUUCUAAUGUUUCCACACACUUAGAGUAAAAAUCUGAGCCUGUCAGUGGCUCUUUAAGUGGACGUAAAUUGACGUAAAUUGACGAUGCACAAAUGUCCAUUAAUGUUACAUUGCAGCCCGUUACGCUGUUGCUGGCUGCAGCCCUCGAAAAUUGUUGUCUCCAUUAGUCACGUAGAAACAAGAAUAAAGAAAAAUAGGGUUGAAUAGUACUAAAGUUACCCUUUAGGCAUUUGUUUCCAUGAGCAGACUCACAUGGCAAUGCCCACAUCCAGCUCGAUGCUACUGAUUUAAUGUGUAGCCUUUUUUGUAGUAUUUCCCGAAACAUAAAAAGAUACAUAAACAUUUUAAUAGUGACAAAAAAUGAGCAGCGCACUCCAACCCUCAGAGAAAAUUUAAAGUAAGUGCAGAAGAAAACAGAGGUCUUCUUUAUAUGCUGAUACGCAAACAAGCUCUAUCUUUUAUGAGUCAUAAGUUGACCUCUGGAUUCCUUCGACUGUCAUGAGAUCUCAGAACACAACGACACACUCAUUCACUAAAUUUUAAAAUAAUGCUUUAUCACUGGAGGCCGGGGGGAUGACAACAAAGUAAAGAUUUGUGCACACUUAUGUAAUCCUUUGAAACAAGGAAAUUGAUUUAAUUUCUUUUAAGAACAUGGGGAAAAGGCAAUGAGCAGCUUUACAAAACAUGGCCCCAAAAUUAGCCAGAAAUUAAUCGAAAAGUUAGAAGAAGAAGAAGAAAGUUAUCAUAAG